AAAGUCAAACAAUUAGCAAAAUCAACAUAAUUGAUAUUCCUUUUUUAAAAUUAUUUUUUAAUCAAAAUCUUGAAAAUAGAAAUGAGGACAAUUGUUUUGUUUUCCACUCUUAUGAUCCUUGUUUUGUCAUGUAUGUCAAAUGCCACGGUAAAAUCUUAUUCAGAAGAGAAAACUCAUUCUUUCGAUUUAACAGCGAACCCUCCAAUUGAUUUAAAUAUAGUAGAUGAACUUCCACGCGAUGAACAUCUUGGAGUUUCACAUGCAGAUAAUGUAAUUGGUUUCUGUCAAGAAUGUGCUCAUCAUUGUUUGCAAAGGAAACGGGUUCUUGGUGAAUGUCGAUGGUUUACAUGUCACUGCUCUAGAAUAACUAUUGGUGUGGGAUUGUAAUUUGUUCUGAAAUACUUACAUAUAAAAUAAAAUAACAAUAUUUUUUUCUUAGCCCAAGGUUAAUCAAAUUAAACCGGUUGUACUAAUAAUUUUGAAUCAAGUAAACCCGCUAUGAAUCGUACCAA